AUGUCCGAUGUUCUCACGAUCCAUACCUACGCGAAGAUCAACCUGAUCCUCAGGGUUUCGCCGCCUACUUCUGAAGGCAUGCACCCGAUCGGCUCGUGGAUGCACUCGAUCGAUCUCUCGGACAUAAUCAGCAUCGAACGGAUCGAGGAUUCCGCAUCAGAGUUUGAUAUCCGCUGGUCAGAUGGGGAAUCGGUCCAAUGGGAUAUCGAAUCGGAUCUGGUCUACAGAGCACACACAAUCUUUGAGCAGCACUCUGGUGAACGCUUUCCUGUCCGAGUGCGUGUCCAGAAACACAUCCCGGCUGGAGGUGGAUUGGGUGGGGGAUCGUCCAACGCUGCGGGAGUUCUCAUGGCGCUCAAUGAACUGAGCGGCUCAAGAUUCUCAGAACAACAACUCCAGGAGAUGGCGCACGAGAUUGGUUCUGACAUCCCGUACUUCAUCGAUCUGGAAUCGUUCAACACGCGCAAGCCGGCACGGCCAGCAAUCGUGUCAGGGAUCGGAGAUCACAUCGAGCGGACUCAGCGAGUUAAAUCCGGCAUCACGCUGCUGAUCCCUAACUUCGGAUGUCCGACGGGAAUGGUCUAUCGAGCCUUUGAUGAUCGAUCCGAUCACGCACCGUUCGAUCUUUCAGCGAUUCAGCAAGCCGCGACCUCUGGGAAUCUUGAAGCGAGUUCCAUCAUCAAUGACCUUCAAGAGCCGGCUACCAAUGUUGUCCCGGAACUCAAAGCGAUCAUGCAGCGUUUGCAAUCGAUCGGUGUGCAUCCGCACCUCUCCGGAUCGGGAUCAACAAUGUUUGUGAUCGGAGCGAUGGAUGCGAUCACUCGAUCGCGCAUCGGUGAGCGCAUCCCUGAACUCCGGAUCAUCGAAACGCGAUUGGUGUAA